AAAAAAAAAAGUAAUGUUUUGUGAGGAGGGAGGACCUCCAGCCCUGCCCCGGCCCGCGGAGCCCCGCGGGCGGCGAGGACCCGGCCCCGGCCUCGGUCUCGGCCCCGGCCCGGCCCUCCCGGCGCAGUGCGCAGGCGCCGGGCGGCGGGGGGCCGUUCCCCUGGCAACGGCCGGGCCCGGGGCGGGCGGGCGGCCGCAGCCUGAGCGGGGCCUCGCCGCCCGCCGCGGCAGCGCUGGAGCGGGGAGAGCCCGGAGAGCGGGCAGGCGGCGGCGCGGGGCCCGGCGGGGGAUGGGGGCCGUCCCCCCCCGCCACCAUGCUGCUGGGCAGGAAGCCGGAGGCGCCCCUCGGUUCAGGUUUGGAGACGGAUUAUAUGACUCCUACAUGAGGAUAGAUCAGAUCAGGUACCAAGAGCCUACAAAUGAAGAACACAGCCCUCCAGGACUUCCGUCCCUUGGAAGAUCUAAUGUUUCUAGCAACAAACUUGCAAUGAAGGAUCUCCCUCUGGCUGGAAGUCAGGUCAAAGUGGAGCAAUUAUUUGAGGACUCUGGCAACAGAAGGAGUAGCACUCUUCAGUCUGCAGGAAUUACUGGUUCAGAAAGACCUCUUCCUUCCCUGACAAAAGAUAAAAGCAUAGAGAGUGUAAGCACUUCUAAAGGUGGUGGUAGUUCCUCAAAAGCACAUAAAGCCAUUUCCCAAGCUCCAGAGCAAGCUGUCAAACAGUACAAACAUCAGUUAUCUGCUUAUGAGCAGCAGGAGAUAUUUAAUUUUUCUGAAAUUUACUUUGUGGGUCCAGCAGCAAAAAAGAGACAAGGAGUUAUUGGUGGUCCCAACAAUGGAGGUUAUGAUGACGACCAAGGCAGCUACAUUCACGUGCCCCACGACCAUCUUGCUUACCGGUACGAAGUACUCAAAAUCAUUGGCAAGGGCAGUUUUGGACAAGUUGCUAAGGUCUACGAUCACAAACUCCACCAACACUUAGCCUUAAAGAUGGUUCGCAAUGAAAAGAGAUUCCAUCGCCAAGCAGCGGAAGAAAUCCGGAUUCUGGAGCAUCUGAAGAAGCAGGAUAAAACGGGCAGUAUGAAUGUUAUUCACAUGCUGGAAAGCUUCACCUUUCGGAACCACAUCUGUAUGACCUUUGAACUCUUGAGUAUGAACCUUUAUGAGCUGAUUAAAAGAAAUAAGUUUCAGGGCUUCAGCAUCCAACUGGUGCGCAAGUUUGCUCACUCUAUAUUGCAGUGUUUGGAUGCCCUUUAUAGAAACAAAAUCAUACACUGUGACUUGAAGCCAGAAAAUAUCCUCCUAAAACAGCAAGGGAGGAGUGGAAUCAAGGUUAUAGAUUUUGGGUCCAGCUGUUUUGAGCACCAAAGAGUCUACACAUAUAUUCAGUCUCGAUUUUAUCGGGCACCAGAGGUGAUUCUGGGAAGUCGCUAUGGGAUGCCCAUAGACAUGUGGAGUUUUGGCUGCAUUCUGGUGGAGCUGUUGACUGGAUAUCCUCUUUUUCCUGGAGAGGAUGAGGGAGACCAGUUGGCUUGCAUGAUGGAACUUCUUGGAAUGCCACCUCAGAAGCUUUUGGAUCAAUCCAAGCGAGCCAAGAACUUCAUCAGCUCUAAGGGUCAUCCUCGCUACUGCAUUGUAACUACGCAUGCAGAUGGAAGAGUGACCCUUAACGGGAGUCGAUCGCGCCGGGGUAAAAUACGAGGCGCUCCAGGGAACAAAGACUGGGUGACGGCACUGAAAGGCUGCGACGAUCCCUUGUUUAUAGAGUUCUUAAAAGAAUGUCUCAGCUGGGAUCCUUCCGCACGCAUGACUCCGAGUCAAGCUUUGAGGCACCCUUGGAUUUGUAAACGAACGCCCAAACCACCCAGCACUGAUAAAACCUCCAAUAAACGGAUUUCUAGCUACACAAGUUCUUUCACAGGAAUAGGUUCCAAGUUGCCUCCCGUAGUUGGAGUAGCGAACAAGCUGAGGGCUAAUUUAACAUCCGACUCCAAUGGCAGUAUACCUCUAUGUACUGUGCUGCCCAAACUGGUCAGCUAAUAGGGAAUUAUGUAUUUCCAGAAUACAUACCUUGUAUUUUAAUUGUUUGUUAAUAAUGUGUAAGGAAGUUAAAUGCAGAGGUUUUUAACGGAUUUACUUUUUAUUAGAGGCUACAUCUUGAAUUAUACAAAGUUCAGUCAACACGUACGCGUUUAAAGGGCUAACUUUUAUCCAGUUGUUUCACUCACAACGUGGUGCAUAUUACAUUACUGGGUAGGUCAGCUCAGCUGUUGAGUAAAAUGACAGUUUGGCAGACGUGCUAUUUAAUAAUGCUCUUUUAGAAAUCAGACUGUUUUUUAUCAGGACAGUUCAAGAGAUUCUUUUGCUUAAGACAGCAAGGGAAAUUGAUUUAAAAGACAUUUUCAGUUAAUCGCCAACUGAACUCUGUUUAUUCUGGGGAGAGCUUUUACACCCAUUGUCAAAAGCACAAAUGCAUUAAUGUAAUGCAUUAGGAACUUACUUGCAAAUUGCUAGCUUAUGUUUGAAGAAUUUUUUUUUCUCUGCACUGCUUUUCCCUUAACUUUCCUGGCUGAGAUUUUUAAAAACACCAUGGGAUGUAGACACCGACAAAAUUUGGUGUUGAGAUUUUAUUGCUUGAUUCCCUGCCCCCCCUCCCAAGGAGCAUAGAAAUGCCACGGAACACAGGAUAUAUUGAAAUAAAACUACUAACUUCUGUGCACUUGCUAUUUCCCUUAAGAGCCUGGUAGGGGAAUUCAAGAUCAGGACUGCUCCAUCACAAGUGUGGGCCAGUUUGUUAAGGGCUAAUGAAUCAAUUAUAUGUUUCUUUGGAGCUCAGAUUUAAAUCAUCUGUUCUGCCAGGGGUUUGUGUGUUUGCUUGUUUUCCUGUGUUGUUCCCAAGACAAAAGUGUUAACCGUAAAGAGCUCUUUCAUAUACAUGUUUGAGAUUCUGCUCAUUUAAAUUUUUUUUUGUGUGUAGAGUGAAUUCCAUUUAAUUAAAUGGAGCUCUUUUAAUAAAAAGCAAACAUGCCGCCCCUGUCAGCCAAGUAGAAGUUUGCAAGGCCCAGGACUGUAACUAGGAAAUGGGGGCGGAGGGGCACACCUAAUAAUUGGAAGCGUGCCCUGAAAUCUAAGCAUAAUCUGUGAAAUACCAGGAAAGACUAGGAAGGUGCAUGAACUGGGGGAGCCAAAUCAAAAUACGUUACAGGAAGAAUAGUUUUAUUUCUGAUCAUAUUCCUUCAGGUCUUUGGGAGAGAGUUGCCUACGUUUUUCUCAUUCUUGAAAUAUGUGAGCUUGUAUUUCCUCUUCCUUUAUCCUCCAAGAACAUGAAAAGGUGGUGUGACCUGUAAUGGCAACAGCACAACUCGUUCGGGUUGUUACUUCUUGCGGCCACGUGGCUCGAGUCCAUUUACAGAAACAUCUGAUCUCUUGCCAGGUGCCUGAACACGAUUUUAAAUACAAUUUAGAGCUUUUAUGAACAGAAGGUUUUAAAUUUAAUGAGUUUCUCUGCAGCAGGCUUUUGGUGUUAAAACAAGAGACUCCCAGUAUACAAACAAAGGAGUUAUCAGGGUGAUUUUUAAGAUAAGGUGACCACAUCUUCAACACAAGACCCUCCCUCUGAGAAGAUGGGGCUGCGUUUUCUCCUCUGCUCUGUUUAAUCACAGCAGUGGUGAAACACUGGGCGGAGGCCUGUACAAAAAGUCAAACAGACAGAGCCAAAGCUCCAAACUUUCCAGGAUUCUUGUUUAAACCAAGGCUCUCGUGUACUUGGCUUUUCUGAGUUCUUUUAUUUCACAAGUGUAAAUUCAACAAGCUUAGUAAUAAUAUUAAAAUAACAGUCUAGCCUUUAUCCAUGCAGCUACAAGUAAUACCAGCGUGUAUGGUAUGUUCAUGGUUGACUUCAUAAUGAUGCAUGACUGGUAUUUUUUAUUUUGCUCGGCUGAGUGAAGUUUUAUUUGAAUGGAGCAUCAGGGAAGUGGAUUUUUGGGUGAAGCAGCAGAAGAUACCAUCGAUUUUAGUAGAAUCUCCAAUAGAAUUGGCAUGUUUUCAGAGCCAGAAACAUUCUUCUUCCUCCUCUGCCCUUUACUCUAUGCAUUUUUUUACAAGUGAGGAGAAAAAACCUUUCAGGAGCAAUAGCUUGUUAGGAAAGAUGUGUAGAAAAGCACCUUACGUAGAGACUGUAAAGUGAUGGUAGUGUCUGGAGCCUGGCAGAAGGCAGUGGGGUGUUGGGGUGCUAGGAGCUGUACAAACAGGUCUUCUCUUAGGAACACAGAGGAGUGUCUUGGUUCUAAACCAUUUUCAUCUGUAAAAUGCCAAAUGUAGAAUAAUCAUUCUCCGGUGGCUUCUGGGAAGUGGUUACUAUGAGGUAACUUCUAAUCUAACAGCCUCUGGUGUACACACAGUAAUCUCACUUAGGGCUGGUGCUGUAAAACUGCAGAUAAAGUAAUUAGCUGGCAAGAACAUUGCUUUUUAUCUAGAAAAUGUGUUCAGCAUGACCUGACUGCACAAGGUUCCUGUUAUGAGACGAGCAUGUUUAAAAGUGGAGCUUACUUACUUGGGACUUCCAUGUUUUAAGAUCAAGUGCAUAGUGAACUGUCUUGCUGGGUUGUCUCAUAGUAGGUGAGAAGGAAAAGGAAGCAGCCUCAGCAGAGUUUUACUUUUAUAUAAGUAAAGUUACUUCUUCAUAAACCAGGGAAUAGAGCUGAGAAUAUUUUUGUCUUGUUUCCAGCUACUAAGCCCCAUUUUCUUUAUAAAAUGCUUGCUUUCGGUGAAUAGUGCGACACAGUAUUCCCAGACUGGGAGAGCCCUCCAAGAGAGCUAACAAAUCUCCUCUCUGGGGGAGAGCUGAGGAAUCGUCCCUGCGAGCACGUGGCGUGCCGAGGUCCCUGUGAAUUAGCGCAGGGGCUGCCCACGGGCACGCGCGGAGGGUUGGGCUGCGGCGCUGGGCGGUGUCGCUCAUCAAGGGCGGGGGCGGUGGCUGUCUUCGCUGAGGUACAGUCAAAUCCCAAAUUCACGCUGUCUUCCUUGGAAAGCUAAAGACUACUGAGGUCUGAAAUUGCCAGAAGUCCAUCAUUUUCAUUAGUUGUGGUACUGUUUGGAAUGUUAAAAGUUGUCUGAAACUAAACUUGUCUAAAUAGAUUAACAGAACAGCUUUUCUUUGUGCGGUAACUCUUUGCUUUGCAAGUUUGUUAAUCUGCCAGCACUAGUGAGAUUCCACUGGAACUUCAGUCGUGUGCUUGUAGGAAGUUAGCACAGAACAAAUGCAAAUCACUUGGGUUUACAGCAAAACAGACACUGCAUUUAUAAAAGUCACUUAAACUUGUUUUAAAAUGUUCCUUAUAACGUUCCCUCUGUUUUACUACACUGUCAGUCUCUGUAUUGUAAAUAACAUGCUGAGUUUAUUGUCUGCAUUGUCACCUGUUGGGUUUUGCGAUAUUUUAUAUAAAUGAACGACAAGGCACGAGCAUCACAUCCAACGGAUACACGUUGCUUUUACACGGGGGUCCAAAUAUUUUCCGCAUGUCCAAGCGGCAGGGGGGAGACUUGUUUUUAUUUGAACUCAGUGGGACAGUGAGGUGCGCUGCUUCCCCGCAGAACCCGGUACCGCAGGCAGACGCCUGCCCGGGCUGCGUUUAGUUCUUUACAGGUUUGAUCUUACUAACGCCAGCUGCUGAAUGGGAAGCUUGUUUCGCAACAGUGACCUGAUGAUAGAGAUCUGCACACAACAGAUACUCUUCGCUAGAGUUUUUUUUGAUCCUUCCCAUCCAGCUUGAAUAGGAACUGGAGUUGUCCGGUAACGUAAGAAUUUAGAGCAGACUAACUGGAAAGCUUUCGGGUGGCUCUUGUGGAAGAGUGAGCGUGUUGCUCAAUCUGAAAUUGUUUACAACCGCUGUGACCUGUGAGGACUUUCAUGCAGCUGAAAGCUUUUUAAGCAGCAGUUUAUCAGUAGAGGUUCUUUGCAAUGGUUGUCCUCUUUAAAACUACCUCCGAAAUAAACCUCGGGUCCUUUUUAAAGGGGUAUUCACUGCAGACUACAGCUCUUUUUUUUUUUUUUUUUUUUUCUUGUUUAAUACUAAUAGCUGUUUUGGCUGUGAAACAUGUACAUGUUGAUCUCGGCAAUGUCUUGCUAAUCCUAGCCAUACAAGCAAACAGCUGAAUCUGCACGCAGAGAUCUCUGCUGAAAUGAUUGAUACAAAUCCCCUGCCUGCCAAAGUUUAAUAGUGGUGUGGAAGGGGAGAGCCAAAAUAAUACGGAAAGAUCCGCGGCACUUCCCUGCGGUACCCAGCUGAGAUGCAAAACCAGCUGCGCUGACGGACUUUUCCUUAAUGAAAAAACCUGCAGCUUUUGCAUGUGUUGAGCACUCGGAGCUGUGGGUACCUGGCGGUUGUGAAAGCUGGACCUCACGUUUUUAUACUUAGUGUUUAUCGCAGAUACCACUUGAUGGCGGGGUUUUUGGAGGGAGUUUUUGGUUUUGGUUUAAUUUGAUGAGGGUUUGGGGAAACGUAUACGCUUCAUACUUCCCAUAAAAGCCCUUGCGUGUUCUAAAACUCCACUGAUAUCUUACAAUUUUUUAACUCCCACCAUAACACGUGAAAUCCUUGGGUCAUCAGAGCAGUCUUGGAUAGGUGAACAUUGUCCCCGCGCUCUGAGGGUGCGGAGACUUUAAUCCAAAUACAGUUCUCGCAGACGGGGUAAGUAGGUCAGUAAGUCUGUGUCGCUAAAAAAAUAACCCAUGUUCCCUAUACAUAGUACUGUGCCUUAUUAUUUUACCAGCCUACAUCUGUCUCGGUGCAAUCAAAUUUCUAUUCAGGGUUUCUUGUACAUUGCAGACGUUCACACUAAAUGUCGAUGUCUAAAGGUUAGCCUUUUUAUGAUAAAUGUUGUGAUGAGGUGUAAUGUGGUGGAGAAUGUAGAAGACAUAUAAGGUGCAUGUGAAUAUAAUGCUCUGUGAAGGAACACUUUGGAAAUAAGUCAGUCUCAAACUAUGUAUCUCAAUGUAAUGAACAGAUAUUUCCUAAAGUUGUAUUUCAGUUCAUUUUUAAAAGAAAAUAAAUGCGUAAUUUUCUUUAGCAA